AAUUGGCAGAGAUUAGUGAGGUUGAAAAGGACUCCACUGUCAUAUUAGAAUCGUCACUGGACAGCAGCGGUGUAGAGAUAAUUGAGGAAGCUAAGAGUUCAGGUGUCAUUAUAAUAGUGAGUUCCUCUGAAAGCUCAGAUGACUCUGAUGUUUCAUUUUGGACAAUAGAUGCGGCAUAUUCGAGCAAAGGAUUAGAAGACAGUUUUAGUGGUGCUGAUGUUGAUGCUAUAGUUGUUUCUAGUGAUUCUUCAGGCAUAAGCAUAGUCAAAAGUGAUUUGCAUGGCAUUGCUAGAAAUAAGGAUGUUGUGGCUGUAUUAAAUUCGUCCAAAAAAUAUACAGGUGGUGAUGAAACAGAAAAAACUGCAGUUGUCGGCAAGAGUCAGUGCUCCAAAGAAAAUGAUAAUGAUGAAGAGCAGAGUAAUGACUUAUCCAAAGAUAAUAUUGAAACAGAAACACCUUGUGAAAAUGAAGACAGUGGUAUAUAUCCAGCUAGCCCAUUUGCUGAAGAUGAUGUAUUAACACCAAAUACAGAUGAUGAUAAAUCAUUGAAAAUGAAGGAUCCAUCUGAAAAGGAAGAUCGUGGUAUUUUCCCAGCCAAUCCUUUUACUGAUGAAGACAUUUCAACAACAGAUACUGGAAAGAAUAAUAACCCACUGAAAACGAAAGAUGCAUCUGAAAGGGAAGAUCGUGGUAUUUUCCCAGCCAAUCCUUUCACUGAUGGAGACAUUUCAACAUCAGAUGCUGGAAAGAAUGAUAACCCACUGAAAACGAGAGAUAAACCCUUAUUAAAGAGAUUAAACAAUCCUGAAAUAAUAAGCUCAGAGGAGAUAAGUAGUUCUGAUGCAAGCACUUCACAAGAUAGUGAUAAAGAUAAGCAAAGUGAAAUGACCUCCAUGAAGGACAUGUUUUUCCUUGAUAUGGAUGGAGAAGUCAUCGUGAAUGAGGAAAAUAAAGAUGCUGAUGUCAUUAGUUUUGAUGGAAUAUCUUUAGAUGUUGAUGGUGAUGCAGGAACUCAUGUACCUGAAGAUAAUAUCUCUCCUUACCCAGUUCAUGAAAUACCCAAGUAUUAUGCUGGUGUUGCUGGAGUUCUUUCAGAUAUUGAAUACAACAUGGAUACAGGCAAAAAGAUUCAAGAUGCAAAACCUAAGAAAACAUGCUUCAAUUGUCUUGGCGAUCAUAAUUUCCAAGAAUGUCCAGAGCCUUCCAAUCCACAGAGAAUUGCAGCAAACAGGAAAAAACAGAAGAGCAGUCGAAUAUCAAGCAUGAGAUACCAUGAAGAUUGUGACAAUAAAUAUGGUCAGUUUCAGCCAGGAAAGAUCAGUGAAAAUCUUCGUGAAGCUUUAGGACUUAGGUAUGGAGAAUUACCUAUUCAUAUUUAUCGUAUGCGUUACUUAGGGUAUCCUCCUGGUUGGCUGAAAGAAGCAGAAGUUCGACAGGGUGAGAUGAAGCUUUAUGAUGGUUUUGGACAAAGUGUACUUCAUCCAGAUGCUGAAGAAGGGGAACUAGAUCAUACAUUAGUAAAGUACAAUCCCGAUAAAUUGAUAGGUUUUCCGGGAUUUAAUGUUGAUAUCCCUAAAGGCUAUCGUGAUGAAUGGAGGGUGAUGAACUUUAUGCCUAUGCAACGCAAGCAUAGAAUCUCAGAAUUUAAGCGUGUUAUGGAGAUGAACAAAGUUAGUGCAUACAAGAAGAGAAAACUAAAAGAUGAACAUUUAAGGGGUGCUGAUACUUCAGUAUCUUCAGCUGAAAUGGAGAUUGAUGAAUCUGGAGUCACCUCUUCAGCAGAGAUAGAAUUCAACCCACCAUUACCAGAUGAACCCUUACCUCCCUUACCUCCUGAGGAGAAGGAGAGCCCAGCAUCACCGGAAAUGCCUGAACCUGUGGAAGAAGGGGAAAUUACAGAGGAGGAUUCACAGUCCUCCAUGAGUUAUCUGGAGGCCAAGCGUAAAUCACUCUUAGAACAACUGGGACACAGUGGAAAUCCCAGUGCCGAGUCAAAUCAAGAAAGUAAUGCAGAAGAAAAGGAAAAUGUAAAUUCAUCUGAUGCAGAAAGUGAAACAGAAUCAAGUACACAACUCAAUGAAGAGUCUGAGAAUUCUAGAAGUAGUAGCAACACUAACAUUCAUAAAAAACAAAAGGUUAAACACCAUAGAUCACAGUCCAAAGGUUUCAAGUUAGGUGUUGCUAUUCCUCCUUCUAUUACUCCGUUCACUCACUUGCCAAGUGCAGAGAAGUGGACUGUUGAUGUUACAGAUCACAUAAAUUUUGAGAAUUUACCUGAUGCUUUAGGAACUUGGGAAAAAAUGAAAGGUUUGGUGAGUAAAGUUAGAAAGCGAAUGGGUGAAAUACAUGUAGAUGAAGAUGAGUAAUUUUAGAAAACUGUAUAGUUCCACUUUAUACAUUGAAGCUUCCCAGUGUUUGUAUUGUUUUUACAGGGGAUAAAAUUUAUGUUGUUCAAGACUUGAGCAAUGUACAGUUUGUAUGUUUGUUUCAAUGCUGUUUGAAAUGUUGCAAUCUUAGUGAUAAAACUUUAUUGUCAAUGUCAGAAUCAGAUGGAGAAAGUUAUAAUUGGACUGCCAUUUUAUUAUUUCAGAUCACAGAUUACAUUGUCAUUGCUAAGCAAAGGAUGAAUUUUCAACUUGUUAACAAGUCAUUUUGUUCUAUUGAAACAAAGUUGCUUGCUUUAUCCAUAUCAGAAAUUAUACUUAUAGUAUUAUAAUUUUGUUUAAUGUCUUCAUGAUUUAUAAGUUCUUGUUCAGAGCCAUUUCUAAUUCUUAAGGUCUCUUCUGUUUUUGUGAUUACAUAUGAAUAAUCAGCCUAUAAUGAGGCAUGUGUUGUAUACAUAAACGAUUUGCUUAGGGAAGUUUUAAGUUUUUUUUUUUCUGCAGAAUAUACUGGCUCUUAAAGUUAAUUUCCUUUUAUCUUAUUUUUUGUGUAUUUUGUUAUAUGUCAGUGUUUCAGGGUAAAGUCAACAAAAUUUGUUGUAUGAAAGUCCCUUUCUAGAUAUGUUUUGAAUGUAUGUAAAGUAUAUUGAACCGGUGUUCAUUCCUGCGGGGUUAUAUUUGUCUUUGCAUGAAUAUGUUAUAUUUUAUUUAGUUUGCAGCUUGGAUGAUUUCAAAAGGUAUAUAUCAGUUACAGUACAUUAUUUUUCCAAUUUGGUUACUGAUAGGCAAUUCACAUUUGCACUUUCUGGUAAGAACUCAAAGGAGAGAACUUUCAUAUUGGUCAUUUGGUCAAAGUGUAGAACUAUGAGUUUUCAAAUUCAUUACACUCACAUUAUCAUCCCGGUAGGAAUUUUAUUUGAUGUAGAAUAUAUUUGAAAAGAAUUCAAAAUGUACCAGUUUAUGGAAAAAACUAUCUCCAUGGGCUAGUUAUCAAUAAAUUGGUCAUGCAGGUCAUUUAUGCAAAUAAAAUAUUAGGUACUCAAGAUUUAUUUUCAGUUAUGUAUAUAAUCAUUCCACUUUAUAUAAAUAUACUUUACAAGUGAC